AUGACCAUCAUGGGCAACAAGGACUUGCCCUCCAACUGGGCUGCCGUCUCAGGGAAAACCUUCAUCAACAUCACCCCAGCUGAGGUUGGUGUCCUGGUUGGCAAAGACUGGUCAAGCUUUUUCAUGAAUGGGCUGACACUGGGGGGCCAGAAAUAUACUGUGGUCCCGGACUCACUGCUGCAGGAUGGGGAAUUGACCGUGGAUCUUCAUAUGAAGAGCGUCAGUGGAGCCCGCACCUUCAAUGUCACUGUCACCAUGACUGCCAAGACGCUAGGCCUGCUAAUGGGCAAAGAAGGAGUCCACGGUAGUUUCACCAUUUCAUAA